UCAAUGUAGCAAUGUAGAAUAUACAAAAUGUAUGAAACUUAUACGAAAUAUAUUCAGCAACAGCAACUUUCAUGACCAUUUGUGGAAAGUGUAACAAUGAAUUGACGCUGUUUUAAAUUAGGAUAUAUAACAUCUAAAAUUGACUUUGUAUAUCAAAAAUAUAAUAAAAGUUUUAGCUAUUUUUCUUAUCCCCAAGUCAAGACAUCAUGUUUAUUUGUUUGAUUUGUUCUGUUUAAAAUGUACUUUCAUUCUCUUAGACGCAGCACUCGUUAUGUUAUCUUUUACAUCUUAAUUUGUCAAUAUGAUUUGAUGAAGUUGAUAUCAAAUGGUAUAAAGCAAUAAAAUAAUUGUCUUAGUAUUAUUUUUUCACAACCGUGACUGAUUAUUUCCAAGUCAUUGUAAUUAACUCCCACUCACUUCUCUUCGCUAAAUGGAUACGAGGCUUUCAGCCAAUCAGAUGUCAAAUAUGACAUCGUUAGAGCUGUAAAGACUUGUAUCGCAUUGAAUAUUCAUAGGAUUAUGUUUAUACAUGAGAUUUGUGGUCGUUCUAGGAAAUCAAAAUUUACAAAUGUCCUGAUACAGUAAAGUACUGAUUAACUAUUCAGCGUUUUUAUUUCCAUGAUCAGUGAGUGUUUAGAAAUAGGGUUUAAGUGUAUGUUAAUGCACGUUCAAUGCGUAUGAAUAAAAAAGUGUUACAUACAGGAGAUUGGAAUGGAAAUAGUGGUCAAUCUGUAAAAAUGUUAGCUACAAUAGAAGUAACCAUGCAUCCAUGUAGAUUUGGGGGGAAUGAAAAUAACGAGUAUUAUUCUAAAUUUAAACAUUCCGAAGAAUAUGGAUAUUCGAACGAAUUUAAUCAGAGAGGUUUAUCUUCUCCGGACGAUUCGUCGCAGCAAUCAACAGCCACCCUGACGAGUGCACCUAACACAAGCCAGGAACACGUGCAUGUGACGUCAUCAAAUCGGCCGCUUAUAAGCACAUGCGCAGAUAACUCCAUGUUGCUUUUACAACCACAGCCGACUUAUUCUGGCCCUACAACGGCGACGUGCGAAUCAUACACGAACCCCCUGCAUCCAGGGGGAGCUGUAAGUUCAAUAGGAAGUGCAGACAUUGGCGUAUUUCCUGGGUCAACGUUCAGCAUGGCAUUGCAGGAGCUUCAAGUUGACACGGGAAGUUUCACAGAAGACGACUCGUUCCGAGUGUUUGAUUUCUCAUCACAAGACACUGGCUCGGGAUCCUCGGCAUUUCAGGGACACACACAAACUCCAACAUUUACUGAACCAUUCAGUUAUGAAGGCACCUUCAUGCUUGAAAGAGACGUCAGCAAGAUGAUGGGUCUAUUUCCCGAAACAACAUCACAAAUGUCAUCUCAGACUUCCAGUAAUACUCAUAAAUAUAUAGACACUUCGACAACAUUUUCAGACACACCGUUCAGAGGCGGAUUUACAUCGAGUGAUCAGUGUAUUUAUUCCAGUCAUCCAUACGGCGAGCCGCAUAAUUUACCACAAACGCACAGUCACACCCCACCAGAAAAGUUAUAUCAGAGGGACUCAAAUGUCACCCAAGCAUCCUUCACGUCAUCAUCAGAGUCACUUUCUCAUGGAAUGUUUCAACAACAUCAACAAAUGCAGCAAACAUACGGUGAUCCAUCGACGGAUAGUAAAUUGAAUAUCAAUGUUAAUAUAUAUCAGUCACAGCAGCAGCUUCCUCAGGCACACUCACGUCAUCUAGAGGAAUCAGCCAUGCUUAGGCGUGCAGAUUCCCGCCAAGGCAGCAGGUACCCGUCUUACGGCUCUUACAGUCAGCCAUUCUAUGGUUCCGCAGCAGCUUUACAGGGAUCCGAGCGUCAAGGCAUGCAAGCUAUGGAAACCGGGUACCAGGUAAUGGGGAGAAGUGGGCCAAUCUUCCACACGGAUUUACCGGUUUCAACUGGCGGGAGACACUUUGGUAGAAGACCCUCCCUCACAAUCCCUAUGCCACCACAUACACCUGAAAGCAUCGAGCUACAAAAGUACACCAUACAGUCACCUAAAACUCCUACCACACCUAGCUCGACGAGGUCUUCCCCUGGUCGAGAUGGUAUGCAGAAGGAAAGUCUAUUGUGCGCAGUGUGCGGGGACAACGCCGCGUGUCAGCACUACGGUGUCCGAACUUGCGAAGGUUGCAAAGGAUUUUUCAAGAGAACGGUACAGAAAGGUGCAAAAUAUGUGUGUUUAGCUGACAAGAACUGUCCUGUUGAUAAACGAAGACGGAAUCGGUGUCAGUUCUGUAGAUUUCAGAAAUGUUUAGCAGUGGGCAUGGUUAAAGAAGUUGUGCGAACGGACAGUUUGAAGGGAAGGCGAGGCAGAUUACCAUCGAAGCCAAAAAGUCCACAAGAGGCGCCACCGUCCCCACCGGUCAGCUUGAUAACAGCCCUUGUAAGAGCGCACGUGGACACUAGUCCUGACAUUCCAACACUGGACUACAGUAGAUACAAAGUGCCUAAUGUGGAUGAUAGUCCACAGACGGACGCCGAGAGUAUCCGAAUGUUUUAUGAUCUCCUUAUCCAAUCAAUUGAUGUUUUACGUUCAUGGGCAGAAAAAAUACCCGGGUUUUGUGAUCUUUGUAAAGAAGACCAGGAUCUGCUCUUUCAGUCAGCAACAAUGGAACUUUUUGUCCUCAGGAUGGCGUAUAGAAUCCAAGCCAAUGACGAAAAGAUUGUUUUUGACAAUGGAAUAGUUCUACAUCGGCGACAAUGUUUACAGAUGUUUGGAGAAUGGAUAAAUUCCAUUGUAGACUUUGGUGUUUCCAUGCACAGAAUGACUAUAGAUAUAUCAUCACUCGCCUGUAUGGCUGCACUAUCAAUGGUCACAUUAAGACAUGGCCUCAAGGAUGUCAGGAAAAUGGAAGAGCUUCAAAUGAAAAUCAUUGACUGUUUACGUGAUCACUGUACUUAUAAUAGCGAAGCCCAAAGAAAGCCAAACUUCUUCUCGUUAAUACUUGGGAAAAUAGCUGAACUUCGAACACUUAGCCGGGAAGGGCUUGAAAGGUUGAUUUACUUCAAACUCGAGGGAAGCUUUCCUACACCACCAAUUAUUGAAAGCCUAUUUCAUUCCAGUCAGCUCCCAUUCUAGAAGUCGCCUCUUCAAAUCUGCAUGAUUCUUCUGUGACAUUGGUCUAUCGUAUUGUCGUGUGGCAACUGACAUAUUUCAUACACAGUGUCUCUGUCUGUUGUAUAUCGAUUUGUGACGUAAUUUUGACACAAACUUCACACAAUGAAUAAGACAAACACAUAAUAUAUCCAGACCGUGUGACAGGAAACUUAUUUUUUCUACUCAGAGUAUCUCUCAUCUUGGCGUUAACACUUUGGUUUUCGUGAGCUAAAGUGGCAGAUUCACUUAAGCUUUGCUUUAUUAUAGAAACGUUCUCACGUUCUGAUGAAUUUCAGUAUUUACAUGUGUUUCGUGUAUAUGGAUGGACAUAAUAUAUACAGUGUUGUACGGUGGAUAAUCUGUUUUCCCUUACAACCUAUGAUGCAAAGAAGCAUCUUUAAAAAUAAGACAUUAAAACAUUUAGUUUAUUUAUAGUUUAACAACUGAAUGACAGUUUAAGAAAACUAUAUGAUCUAAUAUUUGAUACGGUUGUGAUGACGGACCACUUAUCUCAUUCCCCCAGCACACAUGAGCACACACGAUUAUGGACACCCAUUCCCUUUCCUGUUUUUCGGCGUGCUUACAGUAUAACAAUGAUUUCUUUUUAAUUUUUGAUCACGUGACUUAUUGUUGAAACUCAGUUUAUUUUAUUUGUUGUGAAGGUACAAUAUUGGUUGCUUUGAGAAUCGGAACUACAUGAUAAAAAUUUGCCACCAUGGUUGAUUACCAAACGCUAAGGCUUUAUGGAUUCUGUGCUAAAAUGUUAAAAAUACGUGUACAAACUGUGUUCGUUUUCGCUAGUCAUUACUUGUUUUUAUUUAUUUAUAAAUCAGUGAUGUGUACCAAGUAUUCAUGUUUUCGGUUCAUUUUGUUGUUUUUCUUCAUUUUUUAUUUUUAAAAUUGCCUAUAAAUUUGAAUACCUGAUACUUUUACCACCCUUUUUUGUCUAUUGAAUUAAGGAUGUUUUUACGUAAAACAAAAUACCCUUAUAAAAUAAUGAUGAUAAAUGAUAAUAUUUGUAAAUAUAUGAAAUUUUGACAUUGGUUUUAAAGUGCUACAAAUGUAUUAAGUUUUGACAUUUUAGAAGAGAAAAAAACCAACAAUUAUUUUGAAAUUUCACUGAGGCGUGAGUAUAAAUAACAUUGCAAUAUUUUACUAUAGAACUUCGAUAAUUUUGGGGUUGUUGAUUUUUUAACAUAAAAAUCUGUUUCCAUAGUGAAGAAAUUGCUUCAAAAUUUAUUGGUUACAUACGCAAAAUUUAUUUUAAAAAAUGCGGAGAAUAUAUAUAUUAUAUACAUGUACAUAAUUAAAACGGACUACUUUUGUGAAUUGAUAUAUUUUUGACUUUUUGUUGUUUUGUUAUUAUUAUGUAAUACCCUGGCUUUCGUACAUCUGUAAAUUGAGAAAAGUAUUUAUAUAUUAUGUAUAGUUAUAUUUUUAACAAAAUGAAAAACUAUUCCAAAGAACAUGCUUUAUAAUAUAGUGCUAUGAAAAAUGUGCUGUGCGUCAUAUUAAGUUUAUUUAUUAUUUUUGCCUAAUUAACUGUAAACAUGUAACAAUUUAUUUCAGAACUCAUUCAUUUUUAUUUUAAGAACUUAUUCAUUCAUUAUAUAUUCAUGUUGAUUUUAAUAUUUUGUUUGUUUGAUUAUAUUUUUUUUCUUUUCAUUGUCAUUUACAACUUUAAAACAUUCUUCUAACAUUUUUUCCGGUGAUUACUGAAAAGAGAUAAUCUUUAUUCUUGUAUUUAUAAUAUCUAUGAUCCAAAUAUCAGUAUAUUUUUAUAUUUAUUCCAGUAUAUUCUGUAGCCAAGAGCUUUUAAACAAACGCAUUUUGUACUCUAUUUUAAAACGCGAUGCUCGUGUAAUAUAUUUUCAUUUAGCUUUUUUUUUCACACACUCAGAAAACAACAACAUUUUCUUAUUGGACAUUAUUUUGUUUAAAUUAUGAUAUAAAAAAGAAUGUUAAUUAGAAAUGACUUACUCCUGACUUAAAACGUAACAAAAUAUUCCUUGAAAUUAGUUUUUAAAAUGAAUCCAUAAAAUAAUAUUCAACUUUCUGACAUUUUCCCUUAAAGCACGAGCGUCAUUUAAUAGAAUGUGCAGGUGCUAUGUUCUUCAGUUCUUCUGUAUAUAUUUAUAUAUAUUAGUAUAUAUAUUUUAUUGCCAAGUCAAUACGGCACAAUUUAGUUUAGAAAGUGAGACACUCACAUACACUCCCACGUAUUAAUAGUAGAAUACACUUUGCAUUGUAAACACUUACGGUUAAUCUACUUCCUUUCGAUGAACCUUUGUAAACAGUAAUAUGUUUUUUUUGUUUUAGUCUAACAUUAAGCUUUUGUAAACACUUAAAUUUAUUCGUUCACACUUUUGAUAUAGAAACCCUCGUAAAUUCUUAUUGAAAACAUGAGAAAAUAUUUGGGAUUUUCAGGUUGUUGUUUUGAUGACCUGUUUACUUAAUGCAAAGUCUGUGCUAUAAAAUGAUAUUGAAGAUGAAUACCACCACCUAUUCCUUAGUAUCUACCACGAAUCAAUGAUCUUUUUAAUACGCUGUAUACUGUAUGCUCUUUAAUAAAUCAAACUGUGAUAAAAAAAUUUUUUU